AUGAGUCUAUCAAUUUUACCACAAGAUUUAAUUUACGAAGUGAUGAAAUUUCUUCGUGUCGAUCAACGUAUUCGCAUCUCGAGAGUUUGCCAAGAGUUUUAUCAUAUCAUAGCGUCUCUUUUUCCCGCACUAGAAUUAAAUUUGAGUGGCGGGAAAAUAUUACCAGUAAAUUUACCAAGUUUUCUUUCGUGUCCAUUUCUUGAGCAGGUUACAGUGUUGGAUCUUUCAGAGAAUCUUUUAUCAGAGGAGAAUAUUAUUGCAGUUGCCAACUGUGAAAGAUUUAAAAAAUUAGAAGAGUUGAUUUUGAAAAAGAAUGAGUUUAGUUUAAAAUGUGCCGAAGCUUUUACUAAAUCAUCAUUUAUUAGACAAUUGAAAUAUAUUGAUCUUAGAAAUGCAUUCUUUGUAUGGAAAGAUGUAGAUCAUGUUGAAAUUGGAAAGAAAUUUAUUACAAGUCAACCACAAGAUUUGCAAAAUUUUUGGUAUCUAGUUUUGGGUAAUUGUGGAACAGAAAUAGUACCUGAAUGGUUAUUGGUUGGAUGUAAAGAGGGAAAUAGUAAAUUGCAUUGGGAAACUCAAUUGGAGUUUGGUGAAUAUUUAUACCAUUCUGAACAAAACACAUCACUAGCAAUUCAAUACUUUGAGGAGUUGGGCAAUAAUCCACUAGCUCAUAAUAGAGCUAUUGCCAUGUACGUUUUGGGUAAAAUUUAUUCAACACUAGGUGAAAAGUAUCAUUCGAAAGCAUUCCAGUUAUUCUUAAAAGCGGCAAAUCUUGAUGAUCAACUAUCCUAUUUGUCUGUUGCCAACUUUUAUUCAUUUGGAAUUGGUAUUGGAUCAGAUCCAGAUGAAGCAUUGAAGUGGUAUUUGAAAUAUGCAGAGAAUAGUAAUGAUGAUGAUGGAGUUGUUGCACAUCAAAUUGGUGGUAUUUAUUUUGAGUACAAAAAAGAUAUCCCACAAGCUCUGAAAUGGUGGAACAAAUCUGCGGAAAAGGACAAUACAGAAGCACAAUAUUCACUCGGUACAAUAUAUAUGAAUGGGGAUGGUGUUGAAAAGGAUGUUAAGAAAGGUAUGGCACUACUUGAGGAUUCAGCAAGAUUGGGCAAUUCUGAUGCUCAGAAUACAGUCGGUGCAAUUUACUUAGAAGGUGAAGAUUCAAUUGAAAUAGAUCUCAAUAAGGCCAAAGACUUUUUAAUUGCGGCAGCUGAGGCAGAAGACACAGAUGCUCUCUACAAUUUAGGGAUAUUAGCAGAAAAUGAAAAACGAUUCGAAGAGGCAAUGCAAUGGUAUAAAAAGGCCUUAGAUAUGGGAAAUACAGCUGCUGCUUAUCCACUCGGAAGGUUUUAUUUCCAAGGACUGGUAGCUCCAAAAGAUGAAAAGAAAGCCAUUCAUUAUGUUGAAAUCGCCGCCAAUAAUAAUUCUUCAAUAGCCCAAGAAUAUUUGGGUGAUAUUUACCACACCAAAGAGAGUGAAAUUUAUAAUCCUGUAAAGGCAAUUGAAUGGUACACAAAAGCUGCCUCGAAUGACUCUACCAAUGCCAUGUAUAAUUGUGGAUGUAUUAAUGAGGAGCUUAAUAAUUUUGAAAUGGCUUUAUAUUGGUAUACAAAGGCGAUAGAAAAGGGUAGUUCAUCAGCAAUGAAUAAUUUAGCAAUGAUAUACUAUGAAAAGAAGAAUUAUGAGAAUGCUAAGAAAUGGAUAGAAAAAUCAGUGGAGUUUAACAAUUCAUAUGCAAUAUGCACGAUGGGUGAGUGGUAUAUAGAAGGUUUAUGCUAUGAAAAGAGUUAUGAAAAGGCUGUUCAACUCUUUACUAGAUCAACUCAAUUUACAGAUGAAAGUGGUGACCAAUCGAUUUGUCCUCCUGCUUUCCUGCAUCUCUAUAAAUUAUAUGCUAAUGGUUUGGGAUGUGAGAAGGAUUUGGAAAAGGCACAACAAUUGCUCGAAACUGCUGCCAAAUUAGAAAUACAAGAAGCUAUUGAAAUACUCGAAGAUCAACAAUCCAAAAAGAGAAAAUCAACCACUGAAUAUGAUGGCUCAUCAAAGAAAAUGAAAUAACUCUGGUUUUCUCUU